AUGUCUGAAUGUAGAAAUGAAGGGGGGAAGGAGGAGGCCAGGCAGGCAUCAGGGGAAGUGAUCCAGGCAGAUGGAAAAGCUAGUGCAAACGCCUUGCAGCAGGAGUGCCUGGCAAGGCGGCCACCCCGCCCUCACCGCGGCCGUCAGGGCGGGCACCGGAGACCGGGCUGCCCUCCUCGGGGCCGCCGGGCUCGGAGCGGGAGGCCGCACGGACCCAGGGGCGGGUUAGCGCGCCGUGAGGCUCCGCAGGGCCCAGGGCAGCGGGAGGCCCCGGGGGUGCUCACGGCCCAGGCGCGAGCGGCAGGACCCUGGGGUCCGCGCGUCCCACACACCAGCCCCUUUGCAGAGCCGACGGGACGCCCCAAAGCGAACCGAACUGAGUCGGCGCGCAGGCCGGGAUUCCAGGACCCAGCGCCGGGAUCUCCGCCCCGUGCACCUGCCCGCGGCGCACCUGCCCCCGCGCCGGCGCCCCCCCCCACGCACCUGCCCCCGCGCGGGGCUCCCCCACCCCCGCCCGCGUUCCUCGGCGAAGGCGGGCUGCUGGAGCACCUGCGCGCGGGCCCCGCUCCCCCGGGCCUCCUCUCCGACCGCGGGGCGGAGGGGCGAGCGCCGCGGGCCUCCGGUCCCCACCCGCGCACCUGCGGGGGCCGCCGGGCCCCUCCCCCCGGGCCCACUCACCUGCGCGGCCGCCGGGAGGAGCGCGCACGCCGCCCGCCGCACGGAAACCGGGCUUCGCUCCCGGGGCGGGGCCGAGGCCAGGGCGCCCCGCCCGGCUUUGUCAGCCGGACUCCCGCUCGCUCGCGCCCGGAGGGGCGGGCCCGCCCCGCACCUCGCAGCGGCGGCGCCGGGCCCAGCUCCGCCCGCCGGGGCGCCGCCCACGCACCCCGGAAAGGCCCCGACAGGUGGGCCUAA